AAGAAGUCCAACAGGUUGGAUCCAAGUCUUAGUGGAAGACAGAAAGAAAGAAGGUUCCUUCGAGUGUUGGCAGGAUUUCCUUUGAGUCCGCGAGCCAACAAGACGCCACUCGACCCUCACAUUCCUUCAGGGAGCACAGAUGUCUGGAACAUGACUUCACCUGGCAGGAGGUCUCACCUGACUUUUCUUCCCAAACAACUUCCCGGUGGGGGGGGCAGGUGGUCAUGCUGGGACCACUGUGGCCCACUGGACUGCUGCUCGGCUUCAUGGGCGUCUGCCACACGUCAGACUUACGCCUUCCCCACUUUCUGUAUCGCUUGAGCCCGUUAGAGUCACAGGGGAUCAGUGCGUGCUGGGAAUCGUCGGCCGACCUCUGACGCUGCCUUGCUUCUACCCGGACGCGGUCAACUUCACCCACGCCUCCGUGGAGUGGCGCAGGGACGGCCAAGUGGUCCUCAGGUCCACCUGGGCGGGGGGGAAGGUGGACAAUGUGACCACGCCAGCUGACCAGGAGAAGGUGGACAGGGACCAUGUGACCAUGUCGGCCGACGCCCACUUUUCAGGAAAGUUCAGUCUGACGGUGAGCGAGGUGGUCACCCAAGAAGACGAGGUGUCCUACAGUCUUUGGUUCAGCUCUGAAGGGACUCCCAGCACCAAAGUUCCCCUUUGCACGCUGUGUGUCAGGGUCACAGGGGAUCAGUGCGUGCUGGGAAUCGUCGGCCGACCUCUGACGCUGCCUUGCUUCUACCCGGACGCGGCCAACUUCACCCACGCCUCCGUGGAGUGGCGCAGGGACGGCCAAGUGGUCCUCAGGUCCACCUGGGCGGGGGGGAAGGUGGACAAUGUGACCACGCCAGCUGACCAGGAGAAGGUGGACAGGGACCAUGUGACCAUGUCGGCCGACGCCCACUUUUCAGGAAAGUUCAGUCUGACGGUGAGCGAGGUGGACACCCAAGAAGACGAGGUGUCCUACAGUCUUUGGUUCAGCUCUGAAGGGACUCCCAGCACCAAAGUUCCCCUUUGCACGCUGUGUGUCAGGGUCACAGCUCCUUUUAGCGACCCCGUGCUGCAGUGGGAGGAGCCAGAGGACAGCGGCGAGAGCAACUUCCUUUGCCACGUCAUGGGCGGCUUCCCUGAGCCCGCCCUCUACUGGUUGGUGGACGGCGACGCCCCCGAAGGCUCGGUGAGGACAGAGAUGGAAGCGCUGCCAGACUCCGGUCUCUACAACGUCACCAGCUACCUGACCGUCAACGUCUCCGACGCCAACGUGUCGUGCGUCAUCCAGAACCCGCCCAUCAACCAAACCUUGACCGCCACGACACACGCCGUGAGGCGCAGCCCGGUGGUGAGUCGCGCUACGGACGCCAUUUGGAUGUUUAGCACCGCCCUCUGCGUGGUGGUGGGCGUCAUGGUGGCCGUGGGCGUGGCCUACCAGAUCCACCUGGACCGGCAGAGCAAGAAGAGGAAGAUGGAACACCUCAGACGGCGCCGCAGAGAUUACUGCAGGAGACGUCACGAGACGGAGGAAACGGAGGUGAUAUCUGUGCAUUCGGAGGAGACGAACCUUUGACCAACCACGAUCUUCCUCAUGAUUGGAACCUGUAGCCCCGCCUCCUCCUGUUCCGCCUGUUAUAGACUGCUGUGUGUCAAACACGGCGUUACAAAACAGUACCCGUGGUGCAGGAAUAAAGGCAGAAUGAGCAAGCAAGAUGUUAUUUUUUUGAACAUGAAUGGACUUAAGUGUCAAGAAAUAAAUAAGAUGUCCACAUAAAAAAGA